AUGCUCCCAUCGAGGAGGACACAGAUGGACAGCCUAGUUCAACCGCUCGUCGCCCAGUACCUCGCAAUGGGAUGUCAGUCAAAAGAAAACCAAAACGAAAGUAUAACAUCAGAGGAAAAGGGCAGAGACGAAGCGAGAGUGAUUCAAGGAUGCACCUCCAGGUCUAGAGUUUCUCCUCCAGGUCGGCCUCACAGGUUCCACAAACCUAGUCCGGCCCAUACCCCGCCAAGUAAAUCAGUAAUGCCUCUGGGACACCUCACCAAGGGCGCAAGCUGGGAGGAGCUCAUCCGAGCCUGCCUGCAGUCUUUUGACGCAAACGGAUGUGUAAACGGGAACGGCCACUUGCUGAACAUCACCCUGACCAUGCACCUUCACCUCAUCUCCUCCAGUGAUCUGCUGGACAAACUCGUCUCUUUAUUUAAAACGGCAGUAGACGGCGAGCAGCCAGCAGAGUGCCAGAGGAUAUGCUACCUCAUCAGGCACUGGAUCCAGGAAUUCUGGAUGAUGUUCCGGUUGCACCACAGCUUGUCAGACAGCCUGGAUGAGUUUCGGGAUCUGAUCCGAGAGCACGGACAGGAGCGACUUUGCUCUCUCCUAGAGACCAAAUGGAUAACCGAACGAGACUGGUCGUGGAAAGCCAGCCAGAAGAUUAAAGCUAACUGCAGUAAAAAGAGGAAGGUGUCGCUCCUUUUUGACCACCUGGAGCCCAUUGAGUUGGCCGAGCAUCUCACCUACCUUGAAUUUAAAUCCUUCUGCAGAAUAUCAUUUGUAGACUAUCAGAAUUACAUCCGCAGCUGCUGCAUGAAGGACAUCCCCGUGAUGGAGCGUUCCAUUGCGCUGUGUAACGGUGUCUCCCAGUGGGUUCAGCUGAUGGUGCUAAGCCGGCCAACCGCUCAGCUGAGAGCUGAGGUUUUCACUAAGUUUAUCCACGUUGCACAGAGUCUGCACCUUAUGCACAACUACAACACACUAAUGGCGGUGGUGGGAGGCCUAUGUCACAGCUCAAUCUCCAGACUGAAAGACACCACGUCGCACGUACCGAGUGAAGUCACUAAGGUACUAAACGAGAUGACGGACCUGCUGUCCUCUUGCAGAAACUAUGACAACUACAGACAAGCUUACAACAAGUGUACAGGUUUUAAAAUCCCCAUCCUGGGUGUCCACCUCAAAGACCUGAUCUCAGUCAAUGAGGCCAUGUCGGAUUAUGUCGAGGACAACAAGGUGAACGUCCAGAAGCUCCAGGCCCUGUACAACCACAUCAACGAGCUGAUCCAACUCCAGCAGAUCCCACCCAGACUGGAUGCCAACAAGGACCUGGUUCACCUGUUGACGCUAUCCUUGGAUCUUUACUACACUGAGGAUGAGAUUUAUGAACUGUCGUAUGCACGGGAGCCCAAGAACUGCAAAGCACCUCCAGCCACACCUUCUAGACCUCCCGUGUUUGUGGACUGGGCAUCAGGGGUGGCUCCUAAACCAGAUCCUCGAACCAUCAGCAAACACGUGCAAAGAAUGGUCGAUUCCGUGUUCAAGAACUACGACCACGACGAGAACGGCUUCAUUAAUCAGGAGGACUUUGAGAAAAUCGCUGCUAGCUUUCCGUUUUCCUUCUGUGUCAUGGACAAAGAGAAGGAAGGCCAAGUCAGCAGAGAGGAGAUCACAGCUUAUUUUAUGCGGGCCAGUGUCAUCUGCUCCAAGUUGGGCCUUGGCUUUGUCCACAACUUCCAGGAGACCACUUACAUGAAACCCACCUUUUGUGACAACUGCUCAGGAUUUUUAUGGGGUGUCAUCAAGCAAGGCUACAGAUGCAAAGACUGCGGGAUGAACUGCCACAAGCUGUGCAAGGACCAGGUGGCGUUUGAGUGCAAGAAGAACACCAAAGUGACCAACGCCACUGACAGUCCGACCCCGAGCUCUACGCCGGUCACCACAAGCACUUCAGAGGGUUCAGAAGAAUGUCCUUUCCCCUACCCUCCAGACGACAGGAGAGACUGGAGCCCGGACUCCCCAGUCACUUCCAGUUCGAGGCCUAGGAGAGUUCAUAGCUACACCCAGACAGAUGGACCCGAAGUAUCGCCCACCUCAGCUUCUCUCUUAGUUCCAGCAACACCCACCCUCACCUCAUGUCCCAGCCCAAUACCCCAAAGAAAACAGCGAUACUGUGCCAAAUGGGAAAACAGAGCUUCUGUUGUGCAAAAGCCUAAAGAGCCAGAGGAGGAGAGCAAACCUACCUAUGAAACUCUGGAACUGGAGAACCAGAAGCUCCGUAAAGCUAAUGAGACACUACGUAAGAAACUAAAAGACGCAGAGCGGGAGGUGGAGAUACUAAAGACAUUGCUGAAGAGGCAUGCUCUCCACCCAGUGGAGGAGGACUCCUCCUCUUAGACUUAUACAUACACUGACGCUUCAGCAAGGGGACUGGUGCUGCCUCCAUGUGGCAGCAGGUAUGAAUCCUAAUUUAUUGAUCAUGAACAGUGCAAGUAUUUUAUCAGUAUAAUGAGAUGAGGAUAACAUGAUAUAAAGGGGAAUACGUUGCACAAGUUGUUUUCAUCAAGAAAGGAAAAUCUGUGUGUCACCAAUAAUAAGGUUAAGGAAUUUCUUUAAAGGUGGUGGAUUUUAUAAAGCUAAAUACGGUGCAAUUUAACAACUUGGUUUUUUUUAAAUGCACAUUUAUCCAAAUUACUUUUUAGAGGGAAGAUGGUUUAAAAAAGGCUUUUUAAAAUUGCAAAUCUGGAGUAAACAGGACAAGCCCCUUUAAUGUUUUCAGCAGCUUAGAAAGGUGACAAUCAGUAGCUUGAGCAUUACUUAAUUUAUUUAGCUAAAAGUGUGCAAACACAAGGCAUCAUUGAAUGAAGGAAUGCAGUAUUUUUAGAGGGGAAAAAGGCAUUUGCAGAAUGUGUUUGAUCAAUUCUUGAUCAGUUAAUGAGCUUAGCUAUUUAUGUUAAACAUAAAAUGGAAAUCAGAGGCUGCAGUAAAAUGUGUGAGCAGCGGAAAAGGUUAUCAAAAAGUGCAUGUCGUUACUAGCAAUGACAGGAACCCACUGAGCUUAGAGCAGCAGAAUGAAAGUUGGGGGAGGGCUCACAUGUACAGGUUGCUUUAUAUUGUUUUCACUGCUCAUUUCAAUGCACAACAUGCUUCUGUCAAUAUUUACUGUGUGAAACACUACACACUUCAUAUGAACAGUGCGAUAUCGGAACAUUUUGUACAGUAUAGUGGUACUUUCAUGGAGUUAUUUAUGCUUAUGUUGGCUUCAUAUUGAUACUUAAAAAAAUGGCGGGUGCAGCCAUGCUAUUUUGAUGUAGUGUGGCCCAUUGUGUGAGUGUUGUACUGUGAGCUGAGAUAUGUGUUUGUGAUGUACAUGUAAUGUAUUGUAAAUACAACGUACACACUGUGCCAUUGUACUCAUGUCGAGGUUCAUCCUAUUUCUCAGUAUUGUUCUCUUAUUGUUCUAAUAAAUAAUUCAUAUUCUAUAGUAAA